UGCUUCCGAUAAAUAUGGCUUUGGUUUAUGGAAAUGGUGAAAGGGAGGUAAAUGGGAUUCGUUUGGGUGCGGAAUUAAUUGCGCUCUGCGUGAUUUGGGCAUCAUUUCCAAUGAUUAUUAGCACUGGGAUGUUUUCUGCGUGCGGUUCAGGUGCUAACGAGGCUGCUAAAACCGCUACCAUUUGUUAUGAUAUAUUGCACAGCCUUCCGUCCAAUGAUCAAUUCAAGCAGACGCGAAAUGAUAUCAUCGAAUUGGCUGAACAAGCUUGCAAUAAAGCGCCAACGUUUACUGCAGCUGGAUUCUUCACAAUUGAUACUAGCUCAUUAUUUGCUCUAUUUGGAGCAGUGACAUCAUAUCUUAUAGUACUCAUACAGUUUAACAAAUGAUCUGUUCAUUCAUAAUCAAAUUUAACAAUUUCUCAAAUGUUCAUAUUUUUAAAAUAUAA